AUGAAGGUAGUGCAACUUGAGGGGGCAGUUGACAAGAAGAAGAAGGCCAAGCUGGACAAUUUUGAUGAUGCAUCAAGCUCGAUACACCCUGACUAUUUUACAAUCAAGGUAUACCAUGGUGGCUACAUAGAGCAUGAGGAUAGCAAGUACAUUGGUGCAACUGUCAGCUACUAUGAUAAUGUGGACAAGGAUAAAAUGUCAUUGACUGAGGUGGAUGGCAUGGUGAGAGGGAUCAAGUCUGAGUAUGUGGGAACAAGGAUUGAUUACUGGUACUCUAUUGGCAGUGAGGAAGAUGCCAUGUCUAAGCUGAACAAUGACUCGAAUGUCAUCAGAAUGUGUUGCAUGGAGAGUCAGGAGAGUAAGGAUUCAUGGGAUUGGUUUUUGAGGUUGUUGGUGAAAGAUUUGGAGAUUACAAGAGAUGGCAGUGGUUGGACUUUCAUAUCAGACAAACAGAAAGGACUGCUUCCUGCAUGUGAAGUUGUGGUGCCUCUUGCAGAACAUAGGUUUUGUGUUAGACACUUGUCGACUAAUUUCAAUAAGCUGUUUCCUGGGAAAGUUUUCAAGGAUCAGGUCUGGGCAAUUGCCAAAGCAACAACCAUGGCCUACUACACCAAGGAGCUGGUUUUGAUGAAGCAAAUGGACCCCAAAGCUUAUGACUGGUUAACAGAUCCUUUGAGGCCCCAAAAGCAUUGGUCUAAAGCUCACUUUGGCACCACCCUGAAAUGUGAUGUUCUUCUUAAUAAUUUAUGUGAAAGUUUCAAUGCUUUUAUUUUACCUGCUAGAAGCAAGCCUGUGAUUUCAUGCUUUGAAGGUAUUAUGGUCAAGAUGAUGAAGAUGAUUGCAAUGAGAAGAGACAAGAUUAGCAAAGUUGUGGAACCUAUCUGUCCCAAGCCUAGAGAACUCCUAAAGAAGAACAAGAUUAAAUCUGCAACUGAUUGCAUACCAUAUGGCUCUAGCAGCCCCCAGAUUGAGGUAGAAAGUUUGGAGGAUCCAAGCAUGUGGUUGACUUGA